AUGGACCUACCCUCUGCAAUAGACAGUCUUAGCAUGUCCCGCAAGCAACUCGACGAGAAGCUUCAGCUUCUUCAACAACUGUGCUCACAGGGGUUCGACGAAUCGACCGAGAGUCCGUCUGCGCGCAAGACGUCCGUUGACAGCGACACCUGGAUUCACGCAGAAUAUCAAUGGGCACUCGACGAGGCUCGCGACUCCGCCAUAAGUUUGUCCAGCGUUUUGCACCAAGUAGACGAAGAGGCUACCGACGCGUGCAUGCCGCACGCGUAUGACCCCACCCUAUUCCCACCCCCGCACUCCACACUGUCGCACAAUAACUCCAAGCACCAACGAGCGUGCAGCGACAAGGAUAAACCCCUUCCAGACAUACCUGGCACUCCGUCUGCACUCGGAUGUGUCUACACAUCAUGGCCGCCCUCUCCGCGCACCCCUCCGCCCUCUCCGUGUGCUCCUGGGCGUGUGUUCUCAUCGACCCUCCCUCGAUCAUCGGCCAGCACGUCCAUGUUCUACACUUCUCCCCUUUCAACGCGUUCAACUUCCCUGCCCACAAGCUCAGUUCUUUCGACCGAGGUCGUGCGACCAGUCAUGCCUAGUUCAACUACAGUGUCAGCUUCCAGAGCUGCGUCUCAACGACAUACUAACUAUCCCUCUAUCUCCUCUACCCUCGAGCUUCUCGAGGAGCGCGAAACAGAGGCAGAAAGGCGAGCGGGCGUAUACGUCACGGGUACCAACGAGACCGCGGUCGACGAGAUGGCCGCGGCUUCAGCUAGGCGCGGAAGUAACGCGAGUAUGUCCCACGUUAACGCCGAAGCGCCUAAGUUGCAUCUGGGGCUGGGAAAGAUGGGCCCUAAAAGAAAGCAGAGGCCAGCUCUUCCUGCUCUCUCGACGUCGGUAUCGUCUCCACAAUUGCGUACGCUAGCUGUGCAAUCUGCGUCACCGUCGCUGGGCAGUGCUACCUCGACAAAUCUACCCUCUGCCUUCACUGCGACUUCUCAGAAGUUUAUUGACGCGAGUGCUCCUUCCACUCUCACUGCGGCUCCGUUUACGAGAUCGGGCGCCAUGGCGAAUGGCGAGACUGACGACGACCAGCAACUGCCCUCCCGCUGGUCACUUGACUCUGUCGUGUCCAGACAUGCACGCGCUUCUUUCCUCCCCGUCCAUAUUCCUCUACCGGCGUCACCUACCACGCAGUCACCAACUAGCAAAGGGAGCACUCGGGAUAGGCUGAUUAGCUUCAUUUCGAGAGGCCGUUCGGGCUCUUUGGGGAAGACUCUUCCGCCAGUCAUCCCCGCUGCGGAAGAAGCGUUAACUGGUCGGAAUUCUCUCACGAAGGAACCCCACUUCCUGAUGGUCUCAUCGCGCCCCUCGCUCUCCUCUCCAUUAACCACUCCCGUCAACUCACAUUUCCCUGUGAACUCGUCCCCGAGCUCCUCCAAUACAUCUUCCGCGGCUAGCCUCCCCACCCCCACAGAUGCCAUGCUAGAUCCCUUCUCUGCGACCGCAGACUCCUGCAUCCCUGUAGAAUCUGCCCAUGCCUCGAGCGAUGUGCAAGACUUCCAUCUGCCAGACAUUCCCGUAGCGCCUUCCCUUCCUCCUUCACCUCCGCCUGAACCCACACUCCCCUUACCGUCGCCCAGCAUGCCAUCUCAAUCUUUCCUGGUCCCGCAACGUCCACACACAUUUUUCUCCGCACUCGCGCUUAAGCGCCGGCUCCGCCGUCGCGCGAAGAAGCUCGUGAUUAGCGGGAUUGAGGGCCCCGAUGCCCUCGCAAGCGUGCAGCAGCUGCGGAACCCACAUGAUGAGGCCGAGCGCGAACGCCGCAUCGAGGAGCGCAGGCGCCGGCUCACGAAUGUCGUGCACUGGUGCGAGAGCUUUGGCGCUCUGCGCAAGGUGGAGCGCAAGGACGAUGGUAGCCUGCAUGUGUACUGGCGUCAGUGGGAAGUCGCGGAUAUGGUCUGCCGCGUGCAGGCGCAAGUUUACAUCAAGGAAGUCGGGCGUGUCAAUUUGGCGUGGCACUACAUCUCAUAG